CCCAACUGGCCGGAGGCAAACCAGUUGGCUAUUUACAAGCGUGGCCGAUGAUUUGAACUCGGGACUAGCGAGAAACAAAUCCAAGUGGUUGUCAGAGCUGGACUCGAACCUGGGACCGCUGGAUUGCGAGUCCGACACGCUGACCACACGGCCACGCUGCCUCGUUUAAGGCAUGUUACGCUGGUUUUCAAAAACCGUUGGUUCAAGAAGAUGGUUGGUUCAGUUAGGCGAACACUUUAGGUCUUUCUUUUAUUUUACUUUAUUUUUUACUUUUCAGCCUUUAAUAACAUCUUUUAAGGUUUAAAAAUUUUAAGGGAAUAUUAUUGUCAUCAAAGAUGGUUGAUGAUUAUGAUGAAAUAUGAUAGACAUGUACGUACGCAGAUAGAUACAACCUAACCUGCUUUGCGAUAAAUUUAAAAUAUGGUUCCCAGGGCGUUUCUGUAUAUGCCGAACUCACAUUUUACACCCUACCAAUGAUAACUAACAAACGUGAACUGCGCAUUAGGUCCUCGAUAGACGAGAAAGUUAAUAAUCGGCAAUAUUGGCAGCUAAACUAGAUCGACAACUAUUUGUACUUGAGGGUGCUUUCCACAUGGUUCAGGCCAAAGCGACAGGUAUCUACAGUUAUUUAUGUGAGAUCAUGGCACCUUGCGUUCGCCGAGAAUUUUCAGAUUGCAUGUUUUGGCUCUGCGCGGAAACCGUUGGUAAUAAAUACUGAUGGUUUCUUGGCUUUUGACAACUGUUUCGAAGACUAGCGAAGCUAGUUAACUGUCUGUUAUCGACAGCUAAUUAAAAGUAGUUUUCCUUUCGGAAAAAAAAUAUAUUGUUGUCGAUAUCUAUUUUUAAUAGCUUGUUCUUGAUAACUUUCAUCCGUUACUGGCUUUUCAGUCAUCGUUAUACCUUGGGUUUUGUUAUCCACACCUGAAUCAUGGUAGUUUGUCGAGGGACUUGGAGAGGUAUAUCUUAUGCACUAAACGCAAAUCAUCUUGUCACUGGAAGAACGAUAAGUGGCAAUAUCAUGUACGCAGAUAUACAACAGAGAUGUACGUUAAGUUUCAAUUUUAGAAGUAACUGCUAGUAAUGAUAAUAAUAUUUAAGAAGUGUUAACAGUUACAUGUAGCUUUGAAGAUACCUCUGGUACAGUGAAAACAAUGACAACAACGAAAUGGAGUCCAAGCUAGACCACUAUCAACCGGAAGACAAACUUAUUAUUGGCCUGUUUGUUGGAAAGCUUUGAUAUCAACUUUCUUUUCUCGUAUAUCGAUGUCGUUUGAUCGGAAGUGUCAGCUAUCCUUAGUUUCCAAUUUGACAAUAUCGAUGUUAAAUUGUAAGCAGUGAAUCAACUUUAGCUGAAAACAAGGAUUUCCUUAACAGUUAUAAUUCUGAUCUCAGUUCUAAUAGUGCGCCUUGAGGUUGUUUGUAGUUCCUUUCUGGAUAAAUAGGAACGACGAAGAAGACCUUUGACGUUGUAACGCGUCGAAAUAAACCGGUUUUUCCAGUUGUACGGUAUCGAGUUUCCUUUAAGACGAUCCAAGGUUCGACACUUUCAAACCAAGGAAGUCGAUCGGUUGCUUGGAGUGAGUCAGGUUCUUACCAUAUGUUACGCGCGAGUGACUUCAACAACGUUCUUGUACUAAAUAAAGAGCAGGAGCGGAAGUUUACGUUAAGGUGUCAUUUUUAAACUGGUAAUAGAAGGAAGGGACUUUUUUCUGCGAAGGAAGGAUAUUUCUUUUUUUCCGCUAUUAUUUGUCUAAUCGGAGUUGAUACCCAUUUCACCAAAUGUUCACCUCGCUUAUAAGAAAGUUAGUACUUCUGCACAUUACUGAGAAAUCGGCCGAUUGCUUAGGCCACUGACGAGUGACCGAGAUGCCCGCUCGUAGUGCUGUGUUAUUUUUCAUCAAGAUUAAUUUAUAUUUUAAAAUCGUUUCAGUGUGAUUAAAGUACAAUUAAUAAUGCUGUUUCUCCUUGAAAUAAAUGUUAAUUAUGGCACGUUUGUUUUGUUAGAGCUACUUUCGGUUGCACCUGUUAUUUAUACACGGCUAGUCUAAUGAAUAUGACCGAUGGAAAUGAGCUUUUGGACAGCUCGUCGGGUCAAAACAACAGAUAAUUUUUUACCAAUGGAGAACGUUCAUUAGCUGGGAUGUGAAAUUGAAAUAAACUACAUGUAUUUCCAAACUAUGUUAAGUUCAUGUGGCGGUGAACAAGGUCUCUCGACUCAAUUAAUAGGAAUUAGCUAAUUACUGGUUCCGCGAAGCUGACAGAGCGUGGUUUCGUAACAGCGUCGGUGGCAGCAUACACCCACUCUUGUAAGCGUCACGGUUAAGCAGAUUUCCUUGACAAACAUUGCGACAUUAUAAUUAUGACCACCAUAGAUCUAUCUUAAAACCGAGUGCCGGGUUGGUUUCGCUUUAACGACUACCGUCGAUAAACCAGAAGUAAAUAAAUAAUCAGGGCCUAGUUAAAUAUGCAUUAUUAUUAUACGUGUUCCUGAAAUGUGUGUGAUAGCCACAUCAUCAUAGCCGUCUCACGAUAUAGAUAACUUGUUUAUAUAAAUUAUUGAUUCCAUGCCACAAGCAUUCACAUUAAGAAAAGCCAAGUGGCCUCUUCAAAGUGAUGUCACAUGUUCUGAUCUCGUGCUUAUUUGCUAUAUUUGCUGCAAGAAUCGAUUUCCACUUAUAACGGCUUUGUUAACAAUUCCAACGAAACAACGUCAGGAAGUGUAUCGAAAAUAUCUGAUGGAAUAUCAGCAAGCAUUAAAUUAAGUUAAUUGAACGUGAAAUCACAAGAUCACGAACGACAACUGAAACAAAAAGAGAAGUUACUGCAGUUUAUUAACAAAAAGUGAGCCCUGAAAUCUAAAAUAGAAAGAGGAACACGAAAUUAAAGGUUUACAAACCAGAGUCUCGAUUCAGAUAACUGAUUCCAGGACGUUUAAUCCGCAUUCUUUUGAACUGAUAAGAGGAAGCUAACUCCCAAAUAUACAAUGCAAGAGCUACAGCAAUUCUGGUGGACUUUUCACAACUUCUAAAAUGGACCUUGAGCGUAAUUCCCUAAAAAUAUAUAUUUUUUUAUCAUGCGAGUCAGGUUUAUUAUGACGAAACAUGUUGCUAUAAAAGAGACUGUUCAGUCCAAGGAGAUUCACAGAGUUCAGAACUUUAGGUGAACACAGUACAGUGAAUCGGUGCCUUAAUUCACCCUGAUAUCUUUACAUCCCAACCAUGAUGAGCUUCAAAUCAAAGGAUGUCCUCUACCCAACCGUUGUUGUCCUGCUAGUGUUCUUCACCAGUUGUGAAUAUGCUGAAAGUAAGCCCACAAUUCCCAGCAACACGGCAUCUCCACCAAACGUUGACGUCACUCAGCAGAGAAAGAUUUUAGAUCAUCCUAUAGAAGAUGCCCUUGGGUUGAUGACACGUGAUCCAGAAUAUGAGAUUGAAGCCGCUGCUGCCCAGAACCACAAGGAAGAGAGAGUCAGAAGAGAUACUACGCCAAACCCCUGUGUGACAGGACACAAACUCGUGUUGAUCGAUCACGAGAAAGUGUUCCUAACGGUGACCUGCGCGGAAGGUUGCAAAGAAAUUAAGCGGAUACUCUUCUUAAAGGAUAGAGAGGAUCCAUUGGUGCUUCCAGUGAAUUGUGCAGCGAAGAGUUAAAACUUGAAUGCUUGUAAAUAUACCAGCUGUGAAAAAUCUCGCUGAUUUUUAUUGCAAAUUUUUAAUUACGUUUUCGUUAUGAGAACAUACGUAGUUCAAUUAAGAACAAUUCUGUACAACGAUGACCGUUGGACAAUAUAGAGUAUUUAACUCUUUCUCAUGCCUCUGUGUAUAGUGUUUUGCCUGCAUCCCUUUUGCUAAUCUUUAAUUUUUCUUCACUUUUGCUACAUUGAAAUAGAAAAACCGCGUCUUGUAAAUAUACUAGCUAUGAAAAAUAUUGCUGAUGUUUGUUAUAAAUUUUUAAAUUACGUUUUCGUUAUAAGAACAUAACAUACGUAGUUCAAUGAAGAACAAUUCUGUACAACAGUGCCUGUUGGACAAUAGAGUAUGCAACUUUGUAACUCCCAAAGUAUCAUGUAACUUUUGAUCAUGCCUAUAUAUACUUAUUUUGUUAAUAAAAUUAUAAAAUAUCUGAA